AUGGUUGAAGGCUUGGGACUUUUCAUCAAGUCUCAGGUUGCUCAAGGGGUGAUCAGGGGGUGGACUUGGGGUAUUGGAUUUCCUAAGCUUUCACAUCUCCAGUUUGUGGAUGAUACAACUCUUAUUGGGGUUUCUCCUCUUCAGGAGGUUGAGUCAAUUAGGAAGUUGUUUGAUGUCUAUUUAGCUACUUCAGGGAAGCAGUAUUUUGAUGGAAAAAUCCAUGCAGUUCCACUCUCACGUUCUAUUAAGGGUUCUACAGAAAGAACUGAUCCUAAAGAAAGAAGUUCCCUUUGGGAAUGGAUGACUUCCCUCCCCUGCAUUCCUUGGGUCAUUGCUGGAGAUUUCAACAUGGUUGAACACCAGGACAACAAAGGUGGGGGCCUCCCUUUUGCUUGGAAAGAUAUGAAAAAAUCACAUUGGUUUAAGAUGAAAAACUCUCUACAACUUUAUGACCCUCUUGCUGGCAAUAAAAACAAUAAUCCCGGGCCUUGGUAUACUUGGUGCAAUCAUCAACAGGGGAAUGAUAGAAUUUACUCCCGUCUCGACCGCUUUUAUGCCAACAGAAAUCUUUUCUCCUUCCUCCCUAAUGAUCUUGGUAACUCCGUUCUUGUUACUCCCUCCACUCUGUCGGAUCAUCACCCCAUCACUGCAUCUUUUACCUUCAACAGGGCCCCGAUUAGACCCAACACUACUAAUUCCAAAUUUCUCCUUAAUGUUAGCCUUCUUAAAGAUACUAAUCUUCUUGCUGCCAUCCACAUUAUUAACAUCAUUAAUAAGACCAAUUUUCCGAAGGAUUUAAAGAGGGACAUUUGGAAUAGGAACAUCCCUGCCUGGCAAAAUCUGCUCAAGACCAUUGGUCAAAAGAAAGCAAAGGACUUCCGAUUCACUGAGAAAGCUCUCUCGGCUGAACUAACUAAGGCAGAAGUGAAUAACCAAACUAAUAUCACUGACCUUAACUGUACUUCUCAGGUUAUCAAAGCUAAAGACACCCUCAGAAGACACCUUGUGACUAAAACCAGAGGUGCUAAGAUACGAGGGAAGCCGCCUACCUCAGAGAUCAAUGCAGAAUUCUUAUCCCUAAGGUGGUCUCCUCUGAAGAUGCACUGUCUUGCAGAGGAUAUCACUUUAGGGGAUAUCAACAAUGCCAUUAAUUCCCUCAAAAAUGAUAAAACUCCUGGCCCUGAUGGCCUCCCCAUUGAAUUCUACAAAGCUAAUCAACACUGGAUUGCCAAAGACCUCCUCGAAAUCUACAAUGAAGCUUUGGCCCAGGGAUCUCUUGGUCCAUCUAUCAACAAAGGCAUUAUUAAGCUUAUCCCCAAGGAUGGAGAUAAAGCUCUCAUCAAAAAUUGGAGACCGAUUACACUCCUUAAUGUUUCCUAUAAGAUCUUUGCCAAGAUUCUGGCCACUAGACUUGCUGGAAUUCUACCUAAAUUCAUAUGCUCUACCCAAACUGGUUUUAUUAAAGGUAGGUAUAUCUUAGAAAAUGUCCUUACUAGCUGGGAAGCCAUGAACUGGGCUUCUCAGUCCAGUCAGAACUCGGGCAUGUUACUCCUUGACUUCGAAAAAGCAUACGACAGGAUUGAAUGGAGCUUCAUUCACAUGAUGCUUGAAGCUUUUGGUUUUCCUCCCUUCUUCUGCAAGGCUGUCAAUAUGCUUCUCCAGGAUGCUUGCACCCAAAUUGACAUUAAUGGCUCCCUGUCUGAUACCUUUCCCUUGGGAAGGUCCAUACGGCAAGGCUGCCCUUUGGCCCCUGCUCUCUUCGCCAUUGCUUCUGAUGCUCUAUUUUAUCUUCUUAGAGAUAAUACACUUUCCCCUACUGUCCAAGGCAUAUCUCUCCCCAACAAUGAGGAGCUCAUCAAUAGCCAAUUUGCUGAUGACACGGCUAUUUUCUUUAAAAAUACUGCUGAUAACUUUGAAAAUCUGCAAUCCAAGUUAAAGAUAUUCUGUAAAAUUUUUGGAGCUAAGAUUUUGCAUUCUAAGUCCAUCUAUCUGGGAUGGAAUGAACACCCCCCUGAAUGGUUUAAAAAUUAUGAAUUCCAAUGGGGAGGUCCCCAAAAGAUUGUGAAAUAUCUUGGCAUCCCCUUUGCCAUAAAUCCCUCACUGAAAGACAUGUGGCUUUGGGUCAAAGGUAAAAUCACUAAAAAAUUGAAUAUGUGGCAUAACCGUGCUAUUUCCUUUGUUGGUAGACUUCAGGUCUGCCAAAAAAUCUUAUCCUCUUACAACAUUUAUUACUCCUCUGCGUGGAUGUUUAGUAAUUACCAAAUUUUUGAGAUUCAGAAGGCUGUUAGAGAUUUUUUAUGGUCUGAUAGUCAAGGAAAAAAAAAAAUGCACUCUGUCCAGUGGAAAUGGUGUUGUAUUGAUAAACUUACUGGAGGGCUGGGACUGAAAGACCUUAGGAUCCAGGGUAUAUCCCUGGCCGCCAAAUGGAUCUUUCACUCCAUGAAUGGAGAUGCCCCAUGGAAGAUUCUUGUUAGGAAUAAUAUUGAGAGAGGCUUUCCUACUAAGGCUAAAUUCUGGAAUAACAUGCCCUUUAAUGAUUUAGUCAUUGGUAACUUCCCCAUUUCAGUUCAAGGGUCGGAAGUUUUUAAAUCUAUCUGGAAAGCCUGGAAUAUUGUUAGACCAUUUAUUGUUAACAAGGGCUUUCAUGAUGAUACUCAAAUUUAUGGUGAAAGGUCCAUCUGGUGGAAUCUUAAACUUUCAGGGAAACCCCUUGCUCUUCUACAGGGCUGUUCUGCCAAACAUUGGGCCAGCAAAGGUAUCAUUAGCUUUAUUGACAUUUUUGAACAUGAUAAUUUAAUUAGCUGGGAGGAACUGAAAAAUACUUUUAGUCUCCCAAACUCUCAGAAAAAAACUUAUAACAUGAUUCUUAAAGCAACGCAAAAUCUCCCUCCUGCCUGCCAUGUUGAUUCUCAAAGGUACUUACAAUGCAAAUGGCCGGAUGGGACCAUCCUAUCCAAUAUUAAAGCUAAUAACAUUUACAAAAUUCUUGCAUAUGAUGAUUCCAUCCGUGGCCAUAUUAACAAAAUCUGGUACUCCUCGCUGGAUGUUUCUUCUUGGAAGAAGUUUUUCGUUAUUCUUUGGAAAGGUUGGGUGGAACCCAAAAUUAAAUGCUUUAAAUGGCUCUUUAUUCUUGACAGACUUCCUAUUCAGAGAAAUAACCAUGAUAAUAAUCUUUGCAAAAUUUGUAAUCUUCCGGAAACCAGCAGACAUAUCUUCUUUGAUUGUUCUUUUGCUAGAAAUAUUUGGAAUCUUUUUGGCAUAUACUACCCUACUCAUGUUUCCAUUAUUGAAAUUGUUACUGGUUAUAUUAAAGGUCUCAAAGCUGAUUCUAAUAUUUUUUGGAAUAUUUUAUCUUCUAACAUAUUAUGGCAGAUCUGGAAAUGCAGAAAUGAAGAGAAAUUCCAGGACACUCCCCGGGUUCUUACUGAGUUUUUUCUUAAACUCACAUCUUUAAAAAUUUCCUUGCAAGUGCACACCACUAUGAUGAUGGAUCAUAAGAAACUUCGUAGAUUUCUUCAGGACGGACAUGCCACCUUUUUUGCUUUCGAACUCAAGAAUGGACAUGAAUGGAGGAGAAACCUGGAUAACCUUCAAGUGUUUGAGAAGACUUUGGAUAAAGUGAGCAAAGAAAUCAAGAGAAAUAGAAACUCCAAGAAAGACAUCUUAGCCAUGCUUCCAGAAAUUCCAAAUAAGAAAAAAGUUGCAUGGAUGGAAGGAGAACAGGAAAAAAGGUCAAAGUCUAAGAAGAGUUUUGAACUGUCGGUUCCUCGUCUCAUUCUUGAUUUGGAUGCAGAGGAAACACUAUGCAAUAUGGCAUCCCUUGUUUCUGAUACAGACAAGGUUUCAACUGGCGUAGAUACUACCUUCCAAGAUUCAGGGACGCUUGAUAUCCGGUCUCAUGUAGAUAGUGCCACACUACCACCCUCAGCAGGAUCUCCACCCAUGCCAUCUAAGCAACUAACUCUGGCACCAAAGUGGUUGAGUGAAUCAAUUACCAGGAAAAGGAAUGUGGUCCCUAUUUCGGUAUCAAUGGAGGAUGUUGUGAGUAAAUGUCUAGGAAAGUCCACGAAGCCCAAACAACUAAAAAUGGAGGCUAUGAUUGGUUUCAAUGAAAAUACAAAGCAUUGGAUGACAAACAUUGCUAAACCCGCAGGCGACAAAGAUGUUGUUACUAUUUCAGAAGAAGACUAUGCUAUUGAAUGA